ACCAUCAUGCAGACAUCAGAGACUGGGUCGGACACAGGUUCGACAGUGACUUUACAGACAUCUGUGGCUGGCCAAGCAGCAGUGCCCACUCAAGUAGUGCAGCAAGUACCUGUACAGCAACAGGUACAGCAAGUACAGACUGUGCAGCAGGUACAACAUGUCUAUCCAGCUCAGGUGCAGUAUGUGGAGGGAAGUGAUACAGUCUACACAAAUGGAGCAAUCCGAACAACAACUUAUCCUUACACAGAAACCCAGAUGUACAGCCAAAACACUGGAGGAAAUUACUUUGAUACCCAAGGAAGCUCUGCACAGGUGACUACAGUGGUCUCAUCUCAUAGUAUGGUGGGCACUGGAGGGAUUCAGAUGGGUGUUACAGGAGGACAACUCAUUAGCAGCUCUGGAGGAACCUAUCUGAUUGGCAAUUCAAUGGAAAAUUCUGGUCAUUCUGUGACGCACACAACUCGGGCCUCCCCAGCAACAAUUGAAAUGGCGAUUGAGACGCUGCAAAAGUCUGACGGUCUGUCCACUCACAGAAGCUCUCUUCUCAACAGCCAUCUCCAGUGGCUGUUGGACAAUUAUGAAACAGCAGAAGGUGUGAGCCUCCCUAGAAGUACCCUUUACAACCAUUACCUACGACACUGUCAGGAACACAAACUGGACCCAGUCAAUGCUGCCUCCUUUGGAAAACUCAUAAGGUCAAUUUUCAUGGGGCUACGAACCAGGAGAUUGGGAACUAGAGGGAACUCCAAGUACCAUUACUAUGGGAUUCGUGUCAAGCCAGAUUCCCCUCUUAAUCGACUACAAGAGGACAUGCAAUAUAUGGCUAUGAGACAACAACCCAUGCAACAGAAACAAAGGUACAAGCCUAUGCAGAAAGUGGAUGGGGUUGCAGAUGGUUUCACAGGAAGUGGUCAACAGACAGGCACAUCUGUUGAGCAAACUGUAAUUGCCCAAAGUCAGCAUCAUCAACAGUUUUUAGAUGCAUCUAGAGCACUUCCAGAGUUUGGAGAAGUUGAAAUAUCUUCUCUACCAGAUGGUACUACCUUUGAGGAUAUCAAAUCACUGCAGAGUCUUUAUCGAGAGCACUGUGAGGCAAUAUUGGAUGUUGUUGUGAAUCUUCAGUUUAGCCUGAUAGAAAAAUUGUGGCAAACUUUCUGGCGUUAUUCUCCCUCCACUCCAGCUGAUGGCACUACCAUUACUGAAUCCAGCAAUCUGAGUGAAAUAGAAAGCCGACUUCCGAAAGCAAAGCUGAUAACUCUGUGCAAAAAUGAGUCUAUUCUGAAAUGGAUGUGUAACUGUGACCAUGGGAUGUACCAGGCUUUGGUGGAGAUUCUCAUUCCCGACGUCCUUAGACCUAUUCCUAGUGCCUUGACCCAAGCCAUUCGCAAUUUUGCAAAAAGCCUUGAAGGUUGGCUUUCCAAUGCCAUGAACAAUAUUCCACAGAGAAUGAUACAAACCAAGGUUGCCGCUGUAAGUGCCUUUGCCCAGACUCUGCGAAGAUACACAUCGCUCAAUCACCUGGCUCAGGCAGCUCGCGCCGUACUCCAGAACACUUCUCAAAUCAACCAGAUGCUCAAUGACCUCAACCGUGUUGAUUUUGCCAAUGUCCAGGAGCAGGCUUCCUGGGUGUGCCAGUGUGAUGACAACAUGGUUCAGAGACUAGAAACAGACUUCAAGAUGACUCUUCAGCAACAGAGCACCUUGGAGCAGUGGGCUGCCUGGCUAGAUAACGUAAUGAUGCAAGCACUAAAACCAUAUGAAGGGAGGCCCAGUUUUCCUAAAGCUGCGCGGCAGUUUCUGCUAAAAUGGUCUUUCUACAGUUCAAUGGUUAUUCGGGAUCUCACCUUGCGCAGUGCUGCUAGCUUUGGCUCAUUCCACCUGAUCCGUCUGCUCUACGAUGAGUAUAUGUUUUACUUAGUAGAACAUCGUGUUGCUCAGGCAACGGGAGAGACACCUAUAGCAGUCAUGGGCGAGUUUGGUGAUUUAAAUGCUGUAUCCCCUGGAAAUAUGGAUAAAGACGAAGGCAGUGAAGUUGAAAGCGAAAUAGAUGAAGAACUGGAUGAUUCUGCAGAGCCUCAAGCCAAAAGGGAGAAAACAGAGCUGAAUCAGGCAUUUCAGGUGGGCUGCCUACAGCCAGUCCUCGAGAGUGGGGUACAGCAGAAUCUUCUGAAUCCCAUUCACAACGAGCACAUUGUCACAAGUACUCAGACUAUCAGACAGUGCAGCGCCACUGGAAACACCUAUACUGCAGUCUAA